UUUUUUGGGGGGGUGAUGUUUUACAGGCACUUAAGUAUUCAUCGAAGAGUCACCCCAGUAGUGGUGAUCACAGACAUGAAAAAAUGCGAGACGCCGCAGAUCCUUCACCACCAAAUAAAAUGUUGCGGAGAUCUGAUAGUCCUGAAAACAAAUAUAGUGACAGCACAGGUCACAGUAAGGCCAAAAAUGUGCAUAUUCACAGAGUUAGAGAGAGGGAUGGUGGGACCAGUUACUCUCCACAAGAAAAUUCACACAACCACAGUGCUCUUCAUAGUUCAAAUUCACAUUCUUCUAAUCCAAGCAAUAAUCCAAGCAAAACUUCAGACACACCUUAUGAUUCUGCAGAUGACUGGUCUGAGCAUAUUAGCUCUUCUGGGAAAAAAUACUACUACAACUGUCGAACAGAAGUUUCACAAUGGGAAAAACCAAAAGAGUGGCUUGAAAGAGAACAGAGACAAAAAGAAGCAAACAAGAUGGCAGUCAAUAGCUUCCCAAAAGAUAGGGAUUACAGAAGGGAGGUGAUGCAAGCCACAGCCACUAGUGGGUUUGCCAGUGGAAUGGAAGACAAGCAUUCCAGUGAUGCCAGUAGUUUGCUCCCACAGAAUAUUUUGUCUCAGACAAGCAGACACAAUGACAGAGACUACAGACUGCCAAGAGCAGAGACUCACAGUAGUUCUACGCCAGUACAGCACCCCAUCAAACCAGUGGUUCAUCCAACUGCUACCCCAAGCACUCUUCCUUCUAGUCCAUUUACGCUACAGUCUGAUCACCAGCCAAAGAAAUCAUUUGAUGCUAAUGGAGCAUCUACUUUAUCAAAACUGCCUACACCCACAUCAUCUGUCCCUGCACAGAAAACAGAAAGAAAAGAGUCUACGCCAGGAGACAAAUCUGUAUCACAUUCUUGCACAACUCCUUCCACAUCUUCUGCCUCUGGACUGAAUCCCACGUCUGCACCUCCAACAUCAGCUUCAGCAAUCCCGGUUUCUCCUGUUCCACAGUCCCCGAUACCUCCAUUACUCCAGGACCCCAACCUUCUUAGACAGUUGCUUCCUGCUUUACAAGCCACACUGCAACUUAAUAAUUCUAAUGUGGACAUAUCCAAAAUAAAUGAAGUUCUUACAGCAGCUGUGACACAAGCAUCAUUGCAGUCUAUAAUUCAUAAGUUUCUUACUGCUGGACCAUCUGCUUUCAACAUAACUUCUUUGAUUUCUCAAGCUGCUCAGCUCUCUACACAAGCUCAGCCAUCUAAUCAGUCUCCAAUGUCUUUAACUUCUGAUGCAUCAUCCCCAAGAUCAUAUGUGUCUCCAAGAAUAAGCACACCUCAAACUAACACAGUCCCUAUCAAACCUUUGAUUAGUACUCCUCCUGUUUCAUCGCAGCCAAAGGUUAGUACUCCAGUAGUUAAGCAAGGACCGGUUUCACAAUCGGCCACACAGCAGCCUGUAACUGCUGACAAGCAGCAAGGUCAUGAACCUGUCUCUCCUCGAAGUCUUCAGCGCUCAAAUAGCCAGAGAAGUCCAUCACCUGGUCCAAAUCAUACUUCUAGUAGUAAUGCAUCAAAUGCAGCAGUUGUACCACAGAAUUCAUCUGCCCGACCUACAUGUUCAUUAACACCUACGCUAGCAGCACACUUCAAUGAAAAUCUUAUAAAACAUGUUCAAGGAUGGCCUGCAGAUCAUGCAGAGAAGCAGGCAUCAAGAUUGCGAGAAGAAGCCCAUAAUAUGGGAAGUGUUCACAUGUCAGAAAUUUGUACUGAAUUAAAAAAUUUAAGAUCUUUAGUCCGAGUAUGUGAAAUUCAAGCAACUUUGCGAGAGCAAAGGAUACUAUUUUUGAGACAGCAAAUUAAGGAACUUGAAAAGCUAAAAAAUCAGAAUUCCUUCAUGGUGUGAAGAUGUGAAUAAUUGCACAUGGUUUUGCGUACAGGAACUGUAAAUCUCUAUUGCCCAGUCUUAACAUUUUUGAGCUGCAUUUAAGUAGACUUUGGACCGUUAGGCUGGGCAAAGGAAAUGACAAGGGGUUGGGGUCUGUGAGAGUCAAUUCAGGGGAAAGAUACAAGAUUGAUUUGUAAAACCCUUGAAAUGUAGAUUUCUUGUAGAUGUAUUCUUCACGUUGUAAAUAUGUUUUGUAGAGUGAAGCCAUGGGAAGCCAUGUGUAACAGAGCUUAGACAUCCAAAACUAAUCAAUGCUGAGGUGGCUAAAUACCUAGCCUUUUACAUGUAAACCUGUCUGCAAAAUUAGCUUUUUUAAAAAAAAUUUUUUGGGGGGUUAAUUUAUCAUUCAGAAAUCUUGCAUUUUCAAAAAUUCCGUGCAAGCGCCAGGCGAUUUGUGUCUGAGGAUACGAUUUUGAACCAUAUGGGCAGUGUACAAAUAUCAUGCAACAACUGUUUCCACACUUGCACCUGAUCAAGAGCAGUGCUUCUCCAUUUGUUUUGCAGAGAAAUGUUUUUCAUUUCCCGUGUGUUCCAUCCACUUCCCUCUGAAAUCCUCAAUCUGAUUUUACCCAUUUUUUAAGGCUCCUCUUUUUCUCCUUUCUUAAGGCACUGUUGCUAUGGCACUUUUCUAUAACCUUUUCAUUCCUGUGUACAGUAGCUUACAAUUGCAGUGAUUGAGCAUAACCCACUUGUUUGUGUAAAUUAUUGAAAUCCAUUUGCACCCUGUAAGAAUGGACUUAAAAGUACUGCUGGGCAUGUGUGCUGAAAGUACAUUGAUUGCUCAAAUCUAAAGAAAUGGCCCAAUGAACAUGGUUGUGGGAGGGGAAAGAGGAAACAAAGCUAGUCAGAUGUGAAUUGUAUCUGUUGUAAUAAACAUGUUAAAACAAACAAAAAUUGUUAUUUUUCUUUUCCUUCGGUCAAUGCAUAUUAGAAUUUGAACUACCUGGGGAUUCUUUAUCAGAACUAUUCUUGUUGAAUAUUUAUACUUAUUUGAAAUAAUUCCUUAAGGGAGGUUUUGUUUAAAGCAUAUUAACAGGAAAUUGUGUAUAAGAUAUUUAAUGGAAAAAAAAAUUCAACAAGAAUGAUUAAGUCACUUCCCAAGUGGUUGUCAUUUGUUAUAAACCCUGGUUUAACCUGUCUUGCUAUUAUGACCUUUCAUUUUGAAGGAUGUUUGUGUUGUAGCUAACUGUUCAAGUCUGGUGCUGACUGCUGUUCUUAGCCAUCACAAAACGCUAAAUUUGUGUAAUUGGAGCUUCCUUCUGUUAUCUGGAAAUGGUGGGAAAGCUCAGCUUUGUAUAUUGUUUCCUAAAGUAUAUUAAAAUAAAAAAAGAAACUAUUGCUACUAUAAAAUUACCUUGGCUUUUUUUUUUCUUUUCUAAAAUAUUGAUCACAUGGCCUUAGCAUGACACUGCCAGUAUUCUAUCAAACCACAAGGGUUUCUUUAUGCAGAAAAUUUAAUUUUAAUUUCAAAAUCCUACCGAUUUAAAGACCUUUUUUCCUGUUGAGGCAGAUGUAUUUAUGUGCUUUCAGAACUGCCAGCACCAAGGGCUUAUUUUGUGAUGGUAGACAUGUUACUGCAUGCAUUCUGGGAUGCGGAGAUUCCACAACUGCUCUUGUGCUCCAGGCAUACUGAAAGUAUAGAAGAUAAUGCUCCAACCUUGCAAUAAACUUUAAAAAAGUAAACUGUAAGUGAUAGUAUGGAUGAUAUUUUCUAAAAUACAUAAAUGUUCCAGUGUAAUUGAGAGGAAUUAAAAUCUUAUACUGGAAACUACUUUUUUUUUUGUAACUUGAGCUUCCUUUUAAAAAUGUAAGAAAAGGCAACUGUCAAAUUCUAUCAUCAUGGAAUGUUCAUACCUGUAAGAUUGUUAACCUUUGCUGGGCUUGAUUAGUGCAUGUAAAUGAAACUCUGAAGAGCGAUGUUAAGCUAGAACUCUUACUGAUGGAGUCCUGUAUCUUUCCUGGAAAGACGUGAGCAGUUUGUGAUGUCGUAGGCAAAUGUUUCCUGGUCAGAAGGCAACUUGACUUGUAGUUUAAGGUAAAUUUGAAUUUUAUUGGCUAAUAGUUUAUGGAUCUAUGUCACCGUAUUCAUUUGCUUUGAAAAAAUGUUUACAUCCAUAAGUGAAUUGCUCACACAUAUAUAGGAGACGAUGCCUAAAUGAAAUUUCUUGGUGAAUUUUUAAACCAUUAAAAUUUUUGUGGAAAUAUUUUUACAAUA